ACGUUUAUCAAUUUCAACCGACUUCUACCGCUUUGCUUUUAUGUAAUCUCGAUGAGGGAAUUUUUAUACUACCCCAAAGUUUUGCCUUUUCGGUAGUAAGGUUCCUUUGGGCUUUUAAGAAUGGCAUUCGUCAGUAACCAUGUAUACAACUUCAAGAAAGCCGACUUGCUAUAGCCAAAGUAGGUUUAGGACAUCGUUAACUGAGACUGAAAUGGUUUCAUCGUUGCGACGUCAUAUUCAGGAAUAGAGGAAAAUCCCACUGUAUUUCGAAAUGUUGGAAAGAAGCAGCUUCAAUGGGCUUUUUCGAGAAGUAUCUAACAUAUGCUCCUUUCUUGGACUUCGGCAAACCUUCGUCCUCGACAAACUGGAGAAAAUAUCAUCCGAGGACCGCGAUCAUCAAAGUCUUUGCGACUGGAUUGUGACUUUUGUACAAAAUAGCUUUCAAUCUGUCAGCUUAACCGAUAAACGUUCUCCCAGUGCGGAAUUGCUUGCCUCAAUUGGGUUUGAUCCUCGGAGUUCAGCCGUUGAAACUAUCGUGGCGCGCGCACGAAAUACGCAACAUCAUAUCGAUUUGUGCGAAAUGGCAGAAAUUUUCAUCAGAGACCAGUUUAAGUAUAAAGUUUCUCCAUCGUCUGUGACUUGUAUGUUCCCCUUGCGAAGCAAUAUAACAAAUACUUGGUUUCGGCUUUCUAUAUUUUCCUCUGAUGUUGAAAUCGUUGGAGGUUCAGAGUGCCACGUCGACCUAAUAAACCUUGUGACGAUAGAAUCCCACGCUUACAGUAUUUUGCGAACGGAACUCGGCAAUUUAUUGUCAAAAGACGAUCAAAAUGUUGUUCUAUUCCACGGCACAGAUCAUCAAAGCGCCUGCGACAUUCUAUUUCGUGGAAUAGAUUUGUGUCAAGGACGACAGAAGCGAGACUUCAGCUGUGGAUCAGGAUUUUAUUUGACUGACAAUUGCGAGGAAGCUCUGAACUGGGCAAAGAACACAACAGCGAAACCAGCUUUGUUAGUUUUUCAAGUGAAUCGACAAGAGUACUCGACUGAUUCAGAAAAAUUGAAUUUGUCUAAUGAUGAACAGAGAUGGUGCGAAAUUGUGACUUCGUUUCGGUCGGGUGAAAAAACAGCGAGGACUCGAAAGAGUUUAGCCGCUUAUGACUUGAUCGAAGGUCCCGUGAGUACAAUGAAAACAAACGAAUCGACAGGGGAGUUAGUUUUCUCGCCAAAACCUUUAUCUUAUCAAAUGUGUUUAAUUUCUGAUUCCUGUGCGGACAUUUUUAGACGAACUCUUCACUCUAUUUUAUUUUUCGACAUUUGUUAAAGUUAAAAUAGUUUGAGAGGAGGGCAGAGCUUGAUUAACAAAAGCAAGAUAGCUCCCUUCCUGUGUUAUGCUCUCACUAUAUUUAUAUAGCGAUGUUUGCAUUUUCCUGUUUUACUUACUAACUCCUUUUCGCGUCUCACUUGUCAAUUUCGUUAAUUUGAGUGCAAUUUUCUAGAGGGCCCCUAGUUUAUCAGUUCACACUGCUAUACAUGCACCCUCGUUAAAUAUUGUUAUCAUUAUAAUUACAGAAAAUUAUGUCUUUUUUCGGAAGAGAGUGCUCACUUCCAAAGAAACAUUAUCUAACUGAGUAGAACACGGCAGAGAAUAUUUGCAUAGGCAAUAGACUAUUGAUAUCAAACCAAAAAAGCAAUAUCUAAAGUCUUUAAUAUGACAUCAACGAAUGCAUGAAGCUGAAAUCCACCAUUCAUGCGUUUCAAAACUGUAAUAUUGGCAUGAACUGUUCAUCUGAGGUAAUUUAGGUAAGGGAAGUGCGUCAGUCAGAAAACAAUGUCUUACCUACUUCUUUUCAGAUUAAUUCGAGCCAAUAUUGUGCCUAUCCCUGUAUAAUCUACAUUUAGAGAUCUGUUUGGGUAAAGCUUUUUAAUACCAUUUUGAAAAUAAUUGAAUUAGGGGCCACAUGCAAUUUUUUUGAUGGUAAAUCUAAGGUGGGUAGCUUUCGCACAGUUACAGCUGAUAUUAUUGCUAAGGUUCGAUGGGUAACUUAUUAUCCUACAGACUUUUUAAGUAUUUAACCACAUACCACGAAUCAUUAUAGAAAGGAAUGAAAUAUCAAAAUCAUAGUGGAAUAAAACCUUCGCGGAAUCCACCGAGGUUGAUUAUAACUAUUAUGUAAUGAGGCGUCUUCGAAAUCAUGGGGUAACUUUGAGUAAUGUCUGUUUGAUGACUGAUGAAAGUAUUCGAGUUACUGUUUGGGUGAGUAAGCUCUCUGGAUGAAAUUUGCUCUCAUUUUGUUUAUAUCAUGACAAAGUUUUUGCCCUACGAAAACAAUAAUUUCAUAGAGGAAUUGCUUUUGGAGGCUUUAAACUUUUAUCAUUUCACCCAAGUAAAGUAUAUUCAGUUGCCUAUUUUUCGCAAGUAACAUCGACUUGAUUCACAAGAGAAAGAGAGAGAAUGGUUUUUGUGGCAAAUUUUUAGACCAGAUUGUAUUAUCGAUGCAAAUACUAAUUGUGUGGAGGCUGUUGGCGAAUCAUAACAACAGUUGAUUUCACAGUUUUCAUAAAAAUACGUUAUCCAACAAUAUCGAUAUAUUACAAAUUGUACAGCAGAUUCUUCCUUAAACAGGUCAGUUUAUGAUCCUCACUCGCUCUACGAUAUGUCUAAU